AUGAGUAAAUUGAGCGCGUUCUUCGAAAAAAAGAAGAAGAAGUCUCUCAAGACUUCUAUGCCCGCUGGGCUGGGAGAGAAACCCAGGAAGUCUGAAGAGGAGCCUGCGUCGCUGUUGAUGGCAGACGAGGGCGACGCCUCGGAGUGGGCAGUUGAGGAGCAGCAGACGAAAGUGCAGGCUUCGCCGGAGGAGGGCACGGCGGCGUGGCUGAAAGUGAGCGUAGUGGAGGCGCGCGCGGUGCGGAAGGAGCCAGAGAAGACUUGGCACGCGAUUUUGUCUGCCGGGGGGGAGGGCGACCGCGCCGUCUCCGAGGCCGAAGGCACCGCAGCGGAGGGUGCCGCCGAGGGCGAGAAGGGGGGCGAGGAAGGCGAGGCUCCGGCCGCCGCGGGCCAAGAGGACAAGACUGAGUCGCCGGCCGCCGCGAGCAAGAAGUGGGUGCCGCCCAGUCUCCGCGGUCGGAGGACGCCAGGCAGCGGCGCUGGCUUUUCCGGCGCGCAAAUCAACUUUGACGACGACCAAGAUCUUGCCACCGUCGCGCAACUCGGUCUGUACAACACCAAGGCCGGCGCCUCGAAAAAGAAGCCCAGCCCGCAGACGCCGCAGCAGAAUGUCGCGAAGAAGGAGAAGGAAAAGAACCCGGAGAGCGAAGACAAGGUCGUCCGCGAACUUCCCCCCGUGCCCGAAUUCAACGUGUGGAACUACGUGAAGCUCGAGGGCGGCAAGCUCGAGGGAUGCAAGGCUCCGCAAAACGAUGAGGCCGUCAGGCAAAAGUACCUCAACCGAAAGAGAUUUGCGCAGAGAGCCGCUUAA